UUUAUUUCCGCCUCCCGGAGAGUCUCGAACUCGGAGUCCGUGUCGUUGCCGCGGACACAGCGAGUCCGCCGAGUCCGCCGAGUCCGCCUGCUCCAGCAGAACCAGCAGAAAACACAGCAGAGACGCGUUUCCAGGAACUUUCCAGGAACACGGUCACGUGGGGCCGCGAGGAACGAUUUAAGCGAGGACGUCGCCAUGGACGCUGCAGAGGGCAGGUACGCUCACCUGCUGCAGCCAAUCAGAGAGCUCACCAAGAACUGGGAGAUCGACGUGGCUUCGGAGUUAAACGACUACUUAGAGGAGCUGGACGACAUGUGCAUCACGUUCGAUGGAGGGAAAACCCGCCUGAACUUUGCAGAAGCGGCGCUGCUGAUCCAGGGAUCCGCCUGCAUCUACAGCAAGAAGGUGGAGCUGCUGCACAACCUGGUUUACCAAACCCUGGAGUACAUCAACGACAGGAACAAGAAACGCAGCAAACAGACGUCGGCGUCUGAGGAUGACGGCGCAGACGGAGCAGCGGGCGACCGCGACGCUGAGGACGAGUUCACCACUCUGGACGUCGAAUCCUCACAGAGCUCCCAGAAGGCCGACUCCAACACGGUCAGUUCACGCCUGUCUCUCUGUGCGCUUGUCGUCUCUGUGCGCUUGUCGUCUCUGCAGCAGAAACCAGGUCACAGCUUCCUCCUGCAGAGUUUCUGUCUCACCUGA